GUGUCGGAGCAGCCGUGACGCGUUGUCUUAGUUUGACCGUUUUCCACCGGCCCGGUCCGGACGGUUCUGAUGUGACCCACCGGUCCUGAUCCCGGAGCGAGUCCCGCACCCCUCCCCCUCCCCUCGGUACCGGCCCCGGCCCCGGCCGCCGCUAGCUGUUAGCCUGUUAGCUUCGGAGAGCUAACGUCAGCCCCGUGGAAACAUGUCGGGCGGAGCCGUGAGGGGACAGUUCCUCUACAGCCUGCCCUCCUCCGUCCUCUGGGAGUUCUGCCGGGUCAUGGACGGACUCUCGGACCUGGAUUGGACCCGCUUCGCGUCCGAGGUCCUCCGUGAUCAGACCGCUGUGAGAUUCGCUGAGAGGCGGGACAGACGGACGGACUGGGUGAUGAACCAAUGGGAGAGCAGGAACGGUCGAGUUGGCGACCUGAUCGACCUAUUAGAGUUUCUGCAGCUGUUCCGCCCCCGUGAUGUCAUCCUGGGCUGGGCGUCCAGUCAGAAUCCUUCCUCCUCUGCUCCUCCUCCUCCUCCUCUUCCUGCGCCUCCUCCUCCUCCUCCUGCUUAUUCUCUUCCUCCUCCGACCCUCUCUCAGUUCGACCCUCCCCCCAAAGAGUCUCAGGCUCCGCCCACAACGACCACCUGGGAACUGAAAGUUGAUGAAGGAGGAGGGAGAUCUCUACCCCGACCAGAGCCGCCCCCCCUCAGCCUGAAGUCUGAGGUCCAGCCACACCCCCAGCUCCCCCCAGAGGUCUCCGGUGGUGCUGCGCCCCCCCUAGUGUUCCCCAGUGGUACUGCAGUGAUGAGCUGGUCCAUCGAGGAGGUCCAGGCUCAGACUCGAGGCUUCUCCCCGUCCCUGCAGGUGGGGGAGGGCGGGUUUGGACUCGUCUACCGAGCGUCUCUGAGGAACAUCUGGUGCGCCGUCAAGAGACUGAGACAGGACUCCAUGUUGGACUGGACUCAGCUGGAGGAGAGUUUCCAGACAGAAGUGGAGAAACUGUCAAAGUUCAGACAUCCCAACAUCGUGGAUCUGCUGGGCUACAGCAUCGGAGGAGGCUCCAUGUGUUUGAUCUACAGAUACAUGGAGAACCGGUCUCUGGAGGACCAGCUACACAACGAGUGUGGGGUCCUGUCCUGGUCUCAGAGACUCGGUAUCGUGGAGGGAGCGUCCUCUGCUCUCCAGUUCCUCCAUUGUCCUCCUGAAGGACAAACACCGCUGAUCCACGGAGACGUUAAAAGCUCCAACAUCCUGUUGGACCGCCACCUGGAGGCGAAGCUCUCUGACUUCGGCUUGGCCAGGUUCAUGUCCCGCUGUCCUCUGGGACCCUCCGGGACUCAGACGGCGUCCAUCGGUAAGACGGCGACGGUGAGAGGGACGCUGGCGUAUCUCCCGGACGAAUACGUACGGAACGGAGAGCUGGGGACGGCUGUGGACGUCUUCAGCUUCGGAGUGGUCCUGUUGGAGGUUCUGACUGGACGCAGAGCUCUGGAGAGACACAAGACGUCAGGGGACAGAUACCUGAAGGACCUGGUGGAGGAGGUGGAGGAGGCUGCAGGGAGGUCGCCGGCGGAGGCCUGGAGGAAACAUGUGGAUGAGCGCCUGGUUCCAGGAGGCGCUGCUGAGCCGCCCGGCUGCCUCCAGCUGGUCACUCUGGCCUCCAGGAGUCUGGACAAGAAGAGGAAGAGGAGGCCGGCCAUGACCGAGGUCUUCCACAAACUCCAGGACAUCCACAACAUGGUGAGGAAGACCCAUUCCUCCCCCUCCUCCUCCUCCUCCUCCUCCCCCCUCCAGCACUCUCCUCACCUCCGGCCCCCCUACCAGUCCUUCCCCAGACCCCCCCGCUCCCUGGACUCCAGUGUGGGGGCUCUGUCCAACCAGCUGUCCAAACUGGGACCGCUUGAGGACACCUACCAGCUGUCCCAGGUCUCCUCCUCCUCCUCCUCUUCCUCCUCCUCAUUCGUGCGCUGCCUCACUCCUCCUCACCCCCUCCACUCCUCCUCCUCCCUCCCCCCUUCCUCCUCCCUACCUCCCCUCUUGCCCUCCUCCUCCUUCCCUGGUCCAUGUGAGACCGAUGAGAGUCGAGGCUUCUCCCAGUACGACCUCCGCUCCCAGUCCAGGUCCAACGGGACCAGCCCCAGGUCUUUGUCCCCGUCCACCACAGCUGGACGGCCCCCGUCCUCCCAGUCGUCUGUCCCCACUGAGGAUCAGUACCACUUCCCCCCCCAGCCCAGACCCGGCGUCCCUGGGGGGGCAGCGACGGGACCAGACACCAGAGGACAGACCGGGUUCUCUCCAGCUGGGUCCCUGCAGUCCUCGUCUCCGGGUCCCUCAGUUCACAUGAAUCCCAGUAAACUACGCCUCCUGGAGAAGAAGACCUGGUACGAGGAGGGAAGGAUUCAGACUCCAGAGCUGCUGUCGUCUGAUGGACUCUACGAAGGCAGAGGUUCUGUGGACCUGCGAGGACCAGAGGAGAGUGACGAGCUCGACUAUCUUCCUGUGAAACAUCACUGACCAAAGAAGAUCCGUUACCAGGCGUCAGGAGUUUUAUUCCCGCUCUGUCAGACGCUCCUGGGUUCAUUACGACGCCUUCCAGUCACCAACACGUAUUUAUUCUCACAUUUACUGACUCCUAAACCUCCCACAAACAUUCCUUCUAACUCUCUUUGUCAUAAAUGCUGCAGCACACACAUCACAUCCCAUCACAUCCCAUCACAUCACACAUCACAUCACAUCACAUCACACAUCACAUCACAUCACAUCACAUCACAUCACAACACAUCACAUCACAUCACAUCACAUCACA